AUGAGUGAAAACAACACCCAAUCCCAAAAUAUCGUCCUCAACGUUGGCGGACUAAAGUAUGAGACACUCCGAUCUACUUUAACCGCCUAUCCAGAUACUUUACUCGGCACAAUGUUUGCAGAAAGAAACCAAGCUCUAUUGAAACCCAAAAAUGGAAAUGAAUAUUUUUUUGAUCGAAAUGGGCGAGCAUUUUAUUACAUUAUGGAGUAUUAUAGAACCGGAAAACUUUCUUUUCCAACUCAUGCCGAUAAUAAUUCGUCCGGAUUGCGAGUAUCAAGAAGCGAAAUUGAAUCCGAACUCGAUUAUUUCCAAAUCAAUCUUACAGGACUUCAUACUAAAGAGGUGCAUCUAGAAAUAAGCAAAAAACUUGAUGAAUUCGUUGCUUUUUUAGAAGAACAAUUGUUAAUAAAAAUGAGUUUGAUGAAGGAGAAAGUGCACUUUGAAGUGUCGGAGACCCAUGUUUUAUUUUCAGAAUUUCCUCGGAAACAAUCUCUUAAAAUUGACGAAUAUAAAUAUCAACUAGCAAAGAGAUUCCACCACAGCAUUUCGCAGCAUCUCAGAAAUAAGUUCAAGGGUACAAAUGUUUAUUCAUGGUUAAUGUCUCCUUCAAACUCAAAUAAUUUUGAGUCAACCGUUGGCUUCACUGUGACUCCAAAAUACGAUGAUAGCUUAAUAUUGAGAAUGUCUCAUUUAAAGAUCGAUGAUUAA